GAUUCCUUUCUCAUUUCUCUACGUCUCGACGCCCAUGCUGACUUGGAGUUGACAUUCAACUUCGUCUUGGAUGUUGAAUUAUGGUCCAUGGAUCGUCAUCGGCCUCCGAAUUUCUCUUUCUUUGAGUUGGAUAGCAAGCGAACACUGGAAAUUAGUUUGCACCCUUCUCAACUGCUUGCUGCUUCACGGCAGCUCUUCUUCGACCAGACCGCUUAUGCUGCUCUGAAGCUGACUGUUAUCGCAUCUCUGGUUUCUGUUUUACCUCGAAGAAGGCGGCAACCGCCUGAUCCGCUGAUUGAUCCAAAAUCGAAGCAAAUUCAUUUGACUACAGGUAAUGUUCUUCUCCAAGCUAUCAGCUCUAUAGAGCGAUUUGUCAUCAAAAACAUGAAGAAGCUGGUGGCAUCUGUUCAUAUCGACCCUUGUGAUGUCGAAGCUGAAAUGAAGUCUUUGAGAUGUCGUUUAGAAGCGACCACAAAUCCUUGGGUCGAGUUGGAAGACAUGGCUGUUAGUCUUAGUUCUCGUCUAUCACUUUUGUAUAAUCAGCUUGUCCGUCUUUGUACUGCUUCUACAGCGAUCUCGUCAAUGCUGCUCCAGAACUACCUGAGAUUUCGUGAAAAAAUGCUGGCCGAAACGUUUCUUUUUGCAGAAAACUCGUCAAACGACCUUUCUAAGUAUAAUAGUACGGAUAAAAUUUUUUCGCUUAUUUCAAAGAGCAAGUACCUCGAAAAACUACCUCGUUUCUCAAUUUUUUGCCCCGAAGUGGAUAGUAGCUACAGUAACUGGUGUCUUAUAGUCGAAGAGCGCUUUCCAAUCGAGCUAAACUUGGCACUACCUGCUAAGAAGAGUUCAAGUGAUCAAAAGUUGAAUUCGUUGAAUGUUGGACCGAUGGGUGAUAGUUUGCCAAUGCUACGACAUGAUCCUCUUCGAGUAAAUUCCCGUUUUUCUUGGUGGCGUCGUAAAAGCACAAAUGGCCCGGUGACAGCAAAGAGUUCAGUGCAGACGGAUUCUUGCCGCUCACCAAUUUCGUGCUCUGAAGAACCGUUGUCUACCUACACUACAGAGGAAGAUCUAAGCACGGUUGUGGACUUUGUUACGGAACGAGAGCGAUUAAAAUCUGCGCUUUGUGAACAAAGGUUAUUUGAGGGAUAUUUGUAUAGGUGA